AUGAAAUUCCUAGUCGUUUUCGCCGUCGCUGUGGCCUGCGCCGCUGCUGAUGUCUCUCACAUCCUCAAGGGUGAUGAGUCCAAGGAUCAAAUCCUCAGGUCUUCUUACGAUAUCAGCCCUGAAGGGAACAGCUUCUCGUACGGAUACGAAACUGGCAAUGGCAUCGUCUCCCAAUCUGAGGGUGUCGUGAAGAACCCCAACUCUGACAACCCUGCUCUUGAAGUUAAGGGAUCAGUCAGGUACACUGCUCCCGAUGGUACCCCCGUCAGCCUAGACUGGACUGCCGAUGAAUACGGAUUCCGUCCUACUGGUAGCCACCUCCCCGUGCCUCCACCAAUCCCGGAAAUGAUCCUCCGUAGUCUCCAGUACAUCGAGGCUCACCCACCCGCGGUUGAACGUGUCCGUCCCCAAACCCUA